AUGCCGAAUAUUAGCAAUUUAAGUAAUGACAGCAUCAUAUCUUUCUUUGGAAUCAUUUCAAUAUUAACUAGUCCUAAUUCACCUGUUCAAGAAUUAUUUACAACAGAAGAAAUUUUAAAUUUUUUAAUAUCCAAUCUUCAAAACUCGAUUAAAAAAGUCAAGAUACACAUUAUCACUUCUAUAUCGCAAAUUGUUUCUUCAAAUCAUGAUAUUAUUCAACUUUUAUUGCCAACUCAAUAUUACACAAACAUUACAAGUUAUUUACAACUGACAUCAUUUAAAUUGCAGUUGAUAUCAUGCUACAGCUUAAUUUCAUCAAUUGGAUACUCUCAUGAUCUUUAUUCUCUAGGAAUUAACAAAAUUAUCGAAACAUUCCAAAAUCAGAACCAAAACAACAAGAAUCUUAUCAUUAAAUGUAUUACUACAGCAUUUCACUACUUUCCUGAAAUAAUAUCAGAUUUUAUUGAAAAUGAGAUUAUUUCUACAUUUAUUCAGUUUCUUGCUCCAAUUGAUCCAAAAUCGGAAUUGCAAGAAUCUAUUGUAAUGCUUUUUACAGAAUUUAUAACAAACAUUCCUGAAGAAAAUUUGAAUUUUUUGAAUUCAAUUAUUCCUCAAACAAAGAUAUUGUUUGAUGCAUAUUAUUCAAUUUAUUCACAAAAGGAAGCGAAUGCGAGUGUUUCAAAUGCUACUAUUAAGCUUUUAGAUUUAUUCAUUUAUUAUUAUCAUUAUCAUGCAGAUCUUCUUAGUGCACACAUUCUCUCUUCAGAUUUUAUUAAUGAAGUAAUAUCAAUUAUGCAAGUUGAAUCGUUUAGAUUAUCUUCUAAGUGUUUAUUCUUUAUUUUUAUCGCAUUUGAGAGUGGAAAAGAAGAUUUAGUAGAUGCAGUUAUUGGUGUAGAUAUAUCUGAGCAAAUUUUAUCAAUUAUGAAAGAACAAUCUGCUGAUGAUAUCAACUUUUAUUUGAAAAUUAUUAUAAACUUUAUAGAUACUCAUCAGAAUGGUUCUGAAAGCAUACAAAAUUAUUUCGGCAUGGAUCAAUUAGAGAGUAUUUUAAGUGAUUUUACUGAUUCCCAAAAUCAGCAACUUGCCGAAAUCAUUUUUGAAAAAAUUGCAUAA